UCUGAUGAAAAAUUGAUCAAAUCGUAAAGGCGGGAAAUUUCAAACGUCACCUAGUAACCCGAGUUGACGUAUCCGUUCGCCACUUCCCAAAAUAUGCCAUUGAUGGCGUUCUUGUUCCGCAUAGUUUGUCAGCGUGUAUGCGUGUAAUAUGGCUACGAAUAAUUAUUUUGGAUUUACGCACGGAGGUACUCAAUAUAGCGCGACAGCCACCGGUGCCGCAUACCAGGCUGGGCAAGCAGGUUACGCCGUAGCAGCUCCGGCGACCGCAGCUGCCGCCACAUACGGAACUCAAAGGGCCCCCGGCUACGACACUGCCUAUCAGGCAGCCGCCACACAGGGAACCUAUGCUGCUGUCGGUACUGGGGCGACGCCGGCAUACGAAUACGGAUACGGUAAGCCUCCUAAGCUGCACCAUAAAAGAUACUGUACUAAUGUCAAUGUUCUAAUGGCAACAGGUCAGACAGCAGCUGGAUAUACUGGUGGGUACGAUCAGACUGCUGCUGCAGCAAAACCUGCAACUUAUGCAACAACUUACACACAGAGAGCCACAGGACAACAGGCCCAAGCAGCAACAGCUGCGGCGGCGGCUGCCAAGCCCGCUCAGUAUACUGGCACAUACCAAGCCAGCGCCACAGGUUACCAGGCCACAUACGCCCAACCGGCCGCCCAGACGACAAUAGCGGCCCAACCGACAACUCAGGCGAAACAAGCUAAUUCAGCCACAACAUAUUCAGGAUACGACGCUGCUUUGUAUUCUGCAGCUACUAUGUAUGUGGCCCAGCAGUCCGGCGGCGCGACGCAGCAGAAAGCAGGCGGCUGGCAGGGAUACAAGAAGGGCGGUCUUGGUGCCAAGAACAUGAGGGCGAAGGCGCCACCCAAGCCACAACAAUUGCAUUACUGCGACGUCUGCAAGAUCAGCUGCGCCGGUCCGCAAACCUACCGGGAGCACUUGGAGGGCCAGAAACACAAGAAGAGAGAGGCUGCGACCAAGAUGGCCGCGUCCGUCGCCACCACCAGUCAAAACCGUGCCGGAAAUUCGUUACGUUGUCAAUUAUGUGAUGUUACAUGCACAGGAAACGACGCUUACGCCGCUCACAUCCGUGGCGCCAAACAUCAGAAGGUCGUCCUGUUGCACACCAAGCUCGGCAAACCGAUACCGUCACAGGAGCCGGAAGUUGUCGGAGGUGCCCGUAAGUCCGUCUCCUCGACACCAAAGAUAAACUUUGUACAAUCAGGAGGUCUGGGCCUGCCCGCAGGUAACGGCGACACGAAAGAGGAGGACAUUGAGGACACACCCGAGCCGGACAUCCAGCCAGUUGGUCAGGACUACAUUGAGGAAAUCAAAAGCGAAGACGGAAAAGUGAUUAGUUUCAAUUGUAAAUUGUGCGAGUGCCGUUUCAACGAUCCAAACGCAAAGGAGAUGCACAUGAAGGGCAGAAGACACAGGCUCCAGUACAAAAAGAAAGUCAAUCCGGAUUUAGUGGUGGACGUGAAACCGUCUCUUAGACAAAGGAAGAUACAGGAGGAGAAGAUGCGUCGUGCGGCGUUACGUGAGGAAUUUUGGUCAAGAAGACAUUAUAAUAUGCCGGAAGACGAGGAGGACAGAAUGUAUUGGGAAGACCGCAGACGUUACGAGGAAGAGUACAUGGAAAUGGUCCGUCGAGGAAAUAUGGGACCCUUCCCUCGCGGGCGAGCUUUCCCGGGUCCUUUGGCGAGGAGAGCGGAAUCUAGUGACGAUAGGCACGUGAUGGCGCGCCACUCGGAGAUCUAUCCGAAGGAGGACGAGCUGCAGGCCAUCCAACGCAUCGUUUCGCACACGGAACGCGCUCUCAAGAUGGUUUCUGAUCAGUUGGCCGAGGCGAAGCCGAAGGACGGUCAGACGGCGGCGGGGGCGGGGACGGGUACGACCUCGCCCGCGCCUGCUACACCUAACGCUACGGCGGCUAACGCUGCCGCUAAGCCUGCAGAGGUUAAGACUGAGCCUGCCGAGAAGGCGGGCGAACAGAAGGAGGACGGUCGUGAUAAUCAAUUAUUCUCGUUCCAACAAGACCGAGAUGCCAACCGCAUUCUCAAGGGCGUGAUGCGAGUGGGCCACCUCGCCAAGGGUCUGUUGCUGCGCGGCGACACCAACGUGGAAUUGGUUGUGCUGUGCGCGGACAAGCCGACGCUGCAACUGCUCAAGAAGGUGGUCGAUCUGUUGCCGACGUCUCUCAAACAGGUGGCGCCCGAGAACACGUAUACGGUGACGUUGAACGCGGCCGAAGCCGGUCUGACUGUGUCCGGUGACGGACUGACCGUCCUCGUGCAGCUCACCAGUCCGGUGAUGCGGGAGCAAGAAGCUGCGAGCGGCGGGUUGGACCGGGAUGUUCUCUCACGCGGCAAGUGUCUCCAGGCGCUGGCAGCCCUCAGACAUACCAAAUGGUUCCAGGCUAGGGCAUUGGGUCUCCAUUCUUGUGUGGUAAUCAUCCGAAUCUUAAGAGAUCUGUGUCAGAGAGUGCCUACUUGGUCACCCCUAAGUUCUUGGGCAAUGGAAUUGCUGGCAGAAAAAGUAAUAUCGUCGGUGCCGGGACAAGCCCAAUUGUCGCCUGGAGAAGCUUUGAGACGCGUGAUGGAGGCAGUGGCUAGCGGUUUACUGUUGCCAGGAGGACCGGGAUUGGGAGAUCCCUGCGAGAAGGACAGUCCGGAUGCGUCGGCCGCCCUUUCGGCACAGCAGCGCGAGGAUCUCACUUGUUCUGCGCAAUAUGCGCUUAGAUUAAUUGCUUACAGGCAAAUUUAUAAAGUAUUAGGAAUGGAUCCCCUCCCUACUCAACAGAAAUUGUUCAGACGAGAUAGAUCAGCACGUAAACGACGUCGUUCCGGUGGGGAACAGGCUGAUUCGGAAAGUACGUAUUCAUUGUUAGAUAGACAUUCAGGUGAUACUGGUAAAAUGGUUAAAACAGAGGGGGAGGCAUCCGCAGAGUCGUCAGUGAAAUAAAUUUCACUAUAAUUAUCUAGUUUAUAAUAUCUAUUAUUUGAUUUAUUAGUUUUUGAAUACAACAGAUCUUGAACGGAAACGGAAUUAUAUUUGAUUAUUUAUGUACAUUUCACAAGUAUUUGCAUUGUAGUUCAAUGUAUUUUCUAGAUGUAUGUGUGAAUUAACUUGAAUAAAAUAUAUUCCAUGAGUAA